AUGAGCUCCACAACUCCAGAGGAAGGAGUCCAGAGUCAGACACCAUGGCUUCCGAGAAAGGUCCUUCAAACAAGGAUUACACGUUGAGGAGAAGAAUUGAACCCUGGGAAUUUGAAGUCUUCUUUGACCCCCAAGAACUGCGUAAAGAGGCCUGCCUGCUCUACGAAAUCAAGUGGGGGGCAAGCUCCAAGACCUGGCGCAGCUCGGGCAAGAACACCACCAAUCACGUGGAAGUCAACUUCCUAGAAAAGCUGACUUCAGAGGGGCGGCUUGGCCCAUCCACCUGCUGCUCCAUCACCUGGUUCUUGUCUUGGAGCCCCUGCUGGGAAUGUUCCAUGGCGAUUAGAGAAUUUUUGAGUCAACACCCGGGUGUGACUCUGAUAAUUUUUGUAGCUCGGCUAUUUCAGCACAUGGAUCGCCGGAACCGGCAAGGGCUCAAGGACCUCGUUACCAGCGGCGUAACUGUCCGGGUUAUGAGCGUCUCAGAGUAUUGUUACUGCUGGGAGAAUUUUGUCAACUACCCGCCGGGGAAAGCAGCUCAAUGGCCAAGGUACCCACCUCGGUGGAUGCUGAUGUAUGCACUGGAACUCUACUGCAUCAUUCUAGGUCUCCCACCCUGUUUAAAGAUUUCAAGAAGACAUCAAAAGCAGCUUACAUUUUUCAGCCUUACUCCUCAAUAUUGCCAUUAUAAAAUGAUUCCACCAUACAUCCUUUUAGCUACAGGAUUGUUACAACCUUCUGUGCCUUGGAGAUAAAUAGAAUGAUUCUUUCUGUUCACAUUGUUUCAAGAACAAACUACCCAACAAAGAGUGCUCUUAAGAAUCUAGAAAUUUCCACAAAUAGCAAUACUAUGAAUUGUGUUACCUUUGACCAUAUUUCAGGUCACCUUAAAACUUAAAACAAUAAUAAAUAUAUAUAGAUAUGU